AUGAGGUCGCUUCAGGCACCAGUUGUUUGCCCUGCGAUUCGACCAAGACAAGUAGGUGCAUGUGCUUCAUCACUUGUCAGCUACACUGGUCUGAAACCUAAGCUUCUUAGAAGCCAACUCUGGGGUCAUCGGACAAGAGGCACCAACUCACAGGUCACCACCACAGUCACUCUCCGUCUUCGUCCUCGAUGGUGCAACAGAAGUAUCAUCAAGUGUGUUUUCAGCUCCCACUCUGAUGGUACCGGAAGCACCGCAGAGAAUUUCAACGAGAACGAUGAGGAAUAUGUUAACUCUAGUGUAGUGGAAGCUGUUGAGGUAAGAAGUGGAGCAGAUGGCUUCAUGGUGAAGAUGAGGGACGGUAGGCAACUACGAUGUGUUCAUAACAAUCCUCAAGGAGGGCAUCUACCAGAUUAUGCUCCACACCCUGCUAUUGUCUUGAAAAUGGAAGAUGGAACUGGUCUUCUCCUUCCUAUUAUUGUGUUGGAGAUGCCUAGUGUGUUACUUAUGGCAGCAAUGACCAACGUCCAAAUUGCAAGACCAACCAUGUACCAAGUGGUGAAGGAAAUGGUGGAGAAGAUGGGUUAUGAAGUUAGACUUGUUAGAGUCACGAAAAGAGUUCACGAGGCGUAUUUUGCUCAGCUAUACCUUUCAAAGGUGGGUAAUGCCUCGGAUUGCGUAAGCUUCGACCUUCGGCCUUCAGAUGCAAUCAAUAUAGCUGUUAGAUGCAAGAUACCUAUCCAAGUGAACAAGUACCUUGCGUAUAGCGAUGGAAUGAGAGUCAUUGAGUCAGGGAAGCUGCCACAACAGACACCUGCUUCAGAUGGUUUAUUAUUUACUGAACAAGACCGACCAAAUGGUCAGGCUUGUCUUGAUACGAAAGAGUUCAAUAUUUUGAGCAACAUGAUGCAAGCUGUUAAUGAAGAGAGAUAUGAUGAAGCCGCUGAGUGGAGAGACAAACUUGGCCAGUUUCGGGCUAAACGUAACCUGAGGAAAUACACAUGA